AUGACCAUUUGUCAAAAUUAUCUGCAUUUUCUUAUAUAUCGUUGUAUGUAUUUAUACCUUUUUUAAUAAAUUCUUGUAUUUUUUAUAUCGAAUAUAGAAUCGUAAAACAUUAGAUUUGCGCGUAUAGAAGUUUAAGUUUUUAUUAUAUUAAUGAAUUCUUACGCCAUUACAUGUUUGUUUCAGCCUAUCAAAAGAUCAGUCUGCCAGAGCUAACGUUAUUUUUAGAUGACAUUUACAGAAAUAUAACCCAUGACGACAAUACCGACUUUAAAAAGUUAAUAUUGUAUCUUUAUGGAUUCACCAGCUCUAAGUUACAGGUGUUACAGCAGGAAGACGAUGUGAAUUUCAAUGAGAACAUAGGUUUACUUAAGAGGUUAAUAAGUACUAUCGAGUUGGUUCUAACUAAAAGAAAGCACUUGCUAAAUGUCGAAAUAACAAGUGAAGAAGAUGCCCAAAUAUUCAGUCUUGAUACCAGUAACAAUGUCCAAAACGACCCCCAAUUAUUAUAUGAAUGGGCAAUUUUUUUUGGGUUAAAAUACAUAGUUGCGUUCAACGAUAGUAAUGAGAUAACGAAUAUAGUGAAGAGUUACAUUAUAGAUAUCAUAAAUUUGGUUACAACAAAUUUGCAUAAUUUCAGAUACAAGAAUCAGAUCAAACUAAAAUUAUUAAAAAUAUUUGAUGAUAAUUUGAAUAAACUAUUCAAUUCUCUAAGCAUAGCGAAUUCAUUAUUGAAUUUCAAUUCGACUUACUCGAAAGAUCUUGCAAGAACUAUUCAUUUGUUCUCCAUUUUGAAUGAUUAUGAUUUAUCUGUUAAACUACUACUCAACAUAAAUAGUAUGGAAUUAAAAUUUGAAUCAUACGCUAGAAAAUUAUGGUUUAUUCUCAAUCUGAUUGAUUUAAAAUUAAUUGUUGUGAAUGAAUCAGACUCGAAUCUAAGGUUGUUAGACAGCCUAAAGUCUGUAUUGGUAUUAAACUUAACAAACAAUUUGGUGAUCAAUGAAUCUGUUAAUUGGUCUCAAAUUUCAUUGGUUAUUAAUUGGAUUAUUGACCACAUGAAGUCAUUCGACGACAAUACUUCAAACACGUACAAUUUACAAUUAGUCGCCUUAAACAGAUCUAUAAGCUAUAGUUUAUUAAGGGUAUUUCAAUUAUGUCGGGAAAAAGACUGUUUGGAUUCCUUCAUCAACUCCUUUCAAUUAAAUUCGUUCAUAAUAUCAAUAUCCAACAAGCAUACGAAUUUUCCUGAAAUAAUCAUCAAAUCAUUGCAUCUAAUUAAUUAUCAAUAUGGUAUUACUACCAACAAUUUAAAAAUAAUUGAUUUUUAUCGAAGUAACAAGUUCGUCAUUACUCCAUUCAACGAUUUCGAACUAGAUUCGUUAAAACUAGAAUUGAAUGAGUACGCUUACAAAUUAAGCCAUGAAAAUAAAAUAAUAUGCAACCUACUAGAUUUCAUAGUCAUACCAAAAUCUAUGAUUAACGAUUAUGAUAAUAAUGAUCAGUUUAAUUUUGGCUCUUGGAUUAAUCAUAUCAAACUACUUAUUGAUAAGGAUCUUCGAGACCCUAAUCGCGAUACCAGGAUAUUCGAUAAUAGAUCAACAUUAUAUACACUAAUAACUUCGUUAGGUCAUUUUCCAUGCCUCGUCAGUGGUGACUACCAUUUUAAAGUUGAAGAAUGCACAAGAUGUGGUAAUUGUCCAAUGAAUAAAACUUAUUAUGAGACUGUGUCAUCUCUUAGAAAAUAUGUUACGGAUCAGCAAGAUAUGCAAGUCUAUUAUAAAAACAUUAUCUGCGAUUUUUUGUUAGGUGACAAAAUUAGGAUUAUUCAAAAUGAUCCUUUAUUGUGCUCUAAUAUGUUAUUAACUAUUUUCAAGCUUUUUGUUUCGUUUAAACCUCCAACAAAAUAUAACUAUAAUGAGGAUAUAAUUUUUAGGUUUGUCAUGAGGUGCUUGAGCCAGAGUCUUAACAGGGAUGUAAGAAUACUUGCUACUAGGAUAUUACCUCUCUACUUGAUAUCACCUAAAGAUGAAAUCCUUGAAGCGAGCUUUCGUUCCAUGUUUCGGGAGGUUUCUCAAAUAAAAUUUGAUAACGAUAGCAGAAAGAUAUAUCUUGCUGAAUCAACAAUUAAAGCUCUAGGUGAAUUGGCCAUUAUAUCUGAAGGUGAAUGGCUAUGUGUCUUAUUUAUUAAAUUAAUUGACCUCUUUGGAGAAGCAAAUGAACAACAUGUAAAUUUGGUUUACAGUGAGUUUCUAAAUGUUGCAGCUGCCAAGUGUCUUACCCCUUACAAGCUUCUUUCGCCCUUCUUACCAAGUAUUGCUGAACGAAUUGUAAAGCAACCACGAAUGCUACAAAAGAUCACAGAGUUGUUAGGCGUUUCAAAAAAAUACUUCUUGAAUAGAACAAAAGAAUACACCACUCCGAGAUUCUUAGAAUAUUAUAAGUAUGAUUUUAUCCAUGAGAUAGCUGAAGCUUCAGGAAUGUCAAAAUGGAAAUUAAUUACUAGGCAUUUACCAAGAAUCAUGGCAACAUAUUUAUGUAAAGAUGAUACAAUCAAUGAAUCCUAUAUCAUCAAUGUUUUAAGUAAUGUUAGCCCUGAAUAUAAAACUUUAUCAAUGACUGAUUUGAUUUCUAGCGUUGGAGAGAUAACAUGGUUCAUAUUACUUCAAAUCCAAAUUGAAGAGAAAGCAAAUUUUCAAAAUGAAGGAAAAAUUUUAAAUGCCUUAAGAUAUGUCUCAAAAAUUAAUUUAUUAAAGAACGGAAGUAAUAAGAAAACAAUUCCAAAAGAUUUUGAUUAUAUAGAAAAUCUUUUGGGUGACCAUGUUUUAGAAUUGGUCCAAAGAUUUUCUGAAAACGUACAUCAUAUAAAAGGUACGAAGCCCUAUCUUGAGAAGGUUAGCUCUUUGCGGGCAAUUGAAUUUCUUAUUAGUAAUAAUACUGCUGCUGCUGCAUCAGCUUUGGGUCAAAUAUCCACCUGUUUACAAGCAACGUUGGAAAAUCCUGAUUUUGAAUUGCCUGCAAUCAGAUGUUGGAACGUGCUAGUACAGAAUUUACAAACAAAUCAUUUAAUAUCGCUAUUCGAUAUCAUCAUUUCCUUAAUAUUUCAAAAAUUUAACAAACUAGAACACAGAUCUAAAUUGAUAGCUGUUGAUAUUUUAAAAAAAUUAUUUCUAGAAUUGAGAGAUAAAUAUAACAAGUAUUCGCUAUACUAUUUUUCAGUUCCAUUUAUUGAGAACUUGGACAAAUAUUAUAAACUUGAUGCAAGCUUUCGAAACUUGAUGAAACCAAAGUCGAAAACCAGUUAUUUUCCAGAAUUUACCAGAAGAUUGAAAACAAGCAAUAAGUAUGUUGUGCAACAAGCGUUAGAUGAUCUCAUCAAUUAUACAACAAAAUAUCAGGAAAGGUGUCAGAACGAAGACUUCAAAGACCCAUUGCUCGAAGAUUGCAUAUCUGAGCUUAUGCGAACUUUGUUAGAUACAGCUUCCAAAUUCAAGAAUGAUAAUAAUGAGAUAUCCACAAGCUGUGCAAAGGCGCUUGCAAUCAUAGGGGCAUUAGAUUCAAACAAAUUUAAUUUGAAAACAAUCAAAGAUCAAGUUAUAAUUAUACAUGAUUUUCAUGAUUAUAAGGAAAAUGCUGAUUUUUUACGACACUUUAUGGAAAAUAGAGUUAUAAUGUUAUUCUGGGCAUCAAACGAUCCAAUCAAGCAAUUGUUUUCUGCAUAUUCAAUGCAAAAGUUCUUGGAGGUUUUGAGGCUAGACAGCAGUGUACUUAAUCCGACUAGUCAAGAUUUAUUAGCUGAAACUUGGAAAAACUUCAGUGAUGUCGCAAAAUCUACGUUAACUCCACUCUUAUCAUCAAAAUAUGUAUCGCCGAUAUCACGAUUUGAGCGACUCCAAUUUCCAUAUUAUAAGGUUGGAUCAAACCACGAAAAAUGGCUUAUUGAGUUUACUUCUAAUUUACUUAAACGGCCUCUUAAGAGUGUCCUUGAAACACAAAAUGAAACAAAAUAUGUGAUUUUUCAAACCUGUUCUAUGCUAGCACGAAAUCAAGACAUUUCAAUAUGCCAAUAUCUAUUAAAAUAUGUUGCUUUGAGUCAUAUAAUUAAUGGUGAUGAAUCUGUGGCAUCAGAUAUCAAGGCAGAGUUUUUACAUAUUUUACAUAUCGAUUCCGCCUCAUUACCCCCCGAUAGAAUCGAGCAGCUAAAAUUAUGUUAUCAAUCGAUUUUUGAAGUUUUGGAUUACUGCAAUGAAUGGGUGUCUGCUGCAACUCAGUAUCUAAAUGACUCUCAAUUACUGAAAACAGAAACUAUCAGGCUUAAAAAGAACAUCGCAUUUGUUGGUAUAUUCUUAGAAAGUAUACCGAUGGAUUUAAUUGCUAUCAAAUCGGCUGAAUGUGAUUCGUACGAGAGAACUAUAUUAUAUUUGGAAAAAUGCUAUAGGGAUGGAAGAGUUGAUGAAUCUUAUUUAAUUGAUAAUCUAAAUAUUGUCAGUACAUUACAAAGCAUGUACUCCAAUAUCAAUGAUUUUGAUGCUCUUGCCGGUAUUUUGAAAAAGUUUUCAACAAAUAACUUGACCGAAAAACUUACUACUUUCCAGUAUAAUGAAAAUUGGUCUCUUGCCCAAGAAUCUUUUCAAGUCUUGAGCGAAACUGGUAAUGAAGAAGAUAAAAUCAAAAAUAAUACGAAGCUAUUAAAGUCAUUAAGCGAUCAUGCCUUAUAUGAUGAAGUUCUUUCUACCUUGGCAGCAAAGAUUGAUCUUGAUAAUUUAAGUAGUAUACCGCUCGAUUGGUCAAUGGUUGGCCUUCAGGCUGCUGUUGUGUCGGGUGACAAGAAUCAAAUCGACAAAUGGACUUAUAUAACAGAUUCUAUUGGUAAACCACAAGAUGUUGAAACUUUGACAAAUUACCAAUUUGCCAAAGGUUUAAAAUUCUUAUAUGAAUCUAAAAAUGAAGACUUCAAGCAAUACAUGGAAAAUAUUUAUCGCACAAUUGGUACAUCCUUAGUCUCUUCUAUGUCUUCUUCAUUCUCCAGGAAUUCAGUUUUAAUGGCUCAAUUACAUAUUAUGUUUGAUUUAUCUUUGAUAGUUUCCAAUUAUCCACUCCUUAACGAGUCCCUCAGGAGAGAAAAUGAAAUUAUUUUAAAGGAAAGAAUCAAAAAUAUCGAUCAGAGCUUUGAUUCUCAAUGGAAAAUAUUAGCAAUGCAUAGAGUAGCCUAUAUGAUUAUCCAAGACAAAAACAAAAUAUCUGAUAUAUUACUUUUUUGUUCAAAGGUUGCAAGAAAAAAUGAAAGGCUUGAUAUUUCUACUAGAAGUAUAAUGAAUGCUAUGGCGUUAAAUGAUAAAGGUGCCAAUAUUGAGUAUGCGGAAUUAUUGUGGGCCCAGGGAAGACAAACAGAAGCUAUCAAGUCCCUUGCCAAAAUCAUUUCCGAUGACCAAUUCAAAAGCAAACAGCAGAAAGCAAGUGUGCAACUUCAAUAUGCAGAGUGGUUGGAUGAGUCAAACCAUAGUUCAUCAGCUACUAUCAUUUCAGAAUAUGUGAAAGCUUAUAAAUUAGAGAGUACUUGGGAAAAGCCCUUUUAUGAUUUGGGGAAGUAUUAUAAUAAAAUCAAAGAAUCACAAUCAGACACAAGUGGAUUCUGUGAGCAGCAAAUUAUUCGAUUUUUCUUAAAAGCAUUAGCGUUAGGUCCAACAUUCAUAUUUGAAGCUUUACCUAAGUUCAUUACAAUUUGGCUUGAUUUUGCACAACAACAGAAAAAGUCUAAAGAAUCUGAACGUAUAAUGAAUCAGAUUAUUCUAGAUAUUAGUUCUUAUAUUGAUGUUAUUCCAGUUUAUGUCUGGUAUACAUCAAUAACUCAGAUUUUAUCUAGAAUUGGACACAAGCAUAAUCCAUCAGCGCAGCUUCUUUUUCAAAUAAUUUUUAAACUUGUUCAAGCGUAUCCUAAACAUAGCUUGUGGUAUGUCUUAUCUCAUUUAAAUUCAAACGAUUCCACAAGAAAACAACGUGUUUCCGGGAUUCUCAAAAAGUUGCAAUCUUCAGAUACGUCAUUGGCAUCUAAUGUACAAAGUGCAAGAGAGUUGUUUAGCAGUCUUAUCAAGCUUGCUGGUUUUAAAAUACUGAAAAAGACUAUUCGAAGAAUGUCAAUAAAGAAUGACUUUGGGAUUAAUAAUUUAAAUGAAAGUUAUGAUUCAUUAGUUAUACCUGUGAGAUCAAACCUUGAAAUUAGGUUGCCUUCAGUUAAGCAUACUAAGAAUUUCGCCAGUGCAUUCCCAAAGUCUUCUAGUGUUACAUUUGAGGGCUUUGAUGAUAUGGUAAACAUAUUUCAUUCUUUACAGAUGCCUCGACAAGUUUUCAUAAGAGGUUCAAAUGGAUUAACGUAUCUUCUUAUGGUGAAGAAAGAUGAUACUAGAAAAGAUGCUAAAGUUGUUGAAUUUACAACCAUGAUAAAUAGAUUAUUAUCAGCUAGUACCGAAGCUAGAAAGCGGAAUCUAAGUAUUGCAAACUAUUCAGUUGUCCCUCUAGCAGAAAACAUGGGAGUUAUCGAAUUUGUACAGGAUGUUGCAACAAUGAAAGCUAUUAUAAAUGAUCAGCGAAAAAGAAUGGGACAGCUCUCCAAUGAUAGAAAGCUUUUCAUGAAACUUGAUGAGGCUCAGAAAAUGGUUAAAAGUAAAACUUCGUCAGACCAGAAUGCUCUAAGUAACCUCAUUGAGUUAUUUGAAAGUAUUUGUAAGACUACACCGCCUGUUUUACAUAAUUGGUUUAUUAAUCAAUUUUCUGACCCUAGAACAUGGUACUUAGCGAGAACUUCAUUCACCAGGUCAUCUGCUGUUAUGUCAAUAGUCGGAUACAUAAUAGGUCUUGGAGAUAGGCAUUGCGAAAACAUGCUAUUUUUCAAGAAAACAGGCUCAGUUCUUCAUAUUGAUUUUGACUGUUUAUUCGAAAAAGGCAAAACAUUACCUACUCCUGAAAUCGUGCCCUUUAGACUAACUCAAAACAUGGUGGAUGCUAUGGGUAUUAGUGGUAUUGAAGGUUCCUUUAGAAUUACUUGCGAAGUAACUGGGUCUAUAUUAAGAGAAAAUGAAGCUUCGUUGAUGAAUAUCUUAGAAACUCUUAUAUAUGAUCCGUUAUUAGAUUGGAAAACGCAGCAAAACCCGCAGGAUCAUUUGAGAAAGGUUAGAAGAAAGAUUAGAGGAUUAGUAGAUGAAAAUGAAGGUUUGCCGAUGAAUAUUCACGGCCAAGUAGAUAUACUCAUACAAGAGGCAUCAGCCGUGGAAAAGCUAUGUCAAAUGUAUGGUGGCUGGGCAGCAUAUACAUAA